AUGGAAAGUUUACAAAAAGACGUUAAUGGUCAAUCCAUUUUUGAUAAGAGUGAAUGGGCCAAACCAAACGCCAGAUCAACUUUAGCUCCAAAUAAUUUCAGCUCUGAUGAUUUAUUACCAAAAGCUCAAGCUUACAAAGAUAUUAAUGAUAAAACUUUGGUCUUCAAAGAUAACUUAUAUAAUGAAUUCGAUGACGUCAAAUUGAAAGAAGAAACUGAUAAAUAUAUCAUACAUUUUAAAGAUAAUGAAAUAUCUAAGAAGGAAUUAAAGGUUGAUUUCAAUAAAGAACAAAAUGAAUUGAGUUUAAAAAUCACUGAAAAGAAAAUUAAUGAAGUAGGUGAAGAUGUUUACAUCUGUAAUUAUGAAAGUAAUAUCAAAUUCGACAAAGCAGUCAAAUUUGAUGAAAUAGUCCCUGAUAUUCAAAACGGUAAAGUUGAAAUCUGUAUUCCAAAAGUUCAUAAGGAUUCAGAUAAUCUUCUCAGUAUGUCAUUGAAGAACACUUCAAUUGAUGCGUUUAAGAGAUAUUAA